AUGGAGAACGGAGUCGGGACCCGCCACCCCAAAGCAUGCCUAACCUGCGCCAAGGCCAAAGUACGAUGUUUCCGGGAAACAGAUGGUCCCUGUAAACGUUGUCGUCGCCUGGGGAAAGAAUGUGGAGCUCAGCUACCUAAAACCCAUCGCCGUGAAAGGAAAUCAGCCCCAAGUGGCUCAGAUGUUGCUGCACUCGAGGCUAAAUUAGACCGCAUGGUCGCCAUUCUGGCUGCUUCAGAACAAAAUGCCAGAGAACAACUAAGAAGUAGCCCAGCAACGAAAUCAUUAUCUACCUUUGAACAUAACACCGCUGUUCCCGAUGAAGUCGAAGGCCAGCUGUUGAUGGAAGUGUUCUCCAAGAAAAUGUUCCCGCACUUUCCAUUCCUCAUGAUCCCCCCGCAUACGACCGCAGAGGAACUGCGCCGAGAGAAACCAUUCCUCUAUCUGAAUAUUUCAAUGAUCGCGUGCCAAAACGCUCCACGCCAACGAGAAAUUGUGGAUGCAGUACAAGAAUAUGUCGCCGAACACAUCGUCAUAAAGGGAGAACAUAGCCUGGAUCUACUCCAGGGCCUUCUCCUCAAUGUGGCUUGGUUCGUUUCAGUCAGUCGUUUCCCACGAAUUUGUGACCAUCCCACCAAUGUGCCCAAAACUGAAGAGCCUCAUCAAAUGUUUCGAAGCACCACCCAGCUCGAUACAAAUGUGCACUUAAUAGUGGCGCAAUCCUUCAGCUUGGGCCUGAAUCAAGAGAUGGCUUACCAGAAAAGCUUGAACUAUCCCUUGACUUAUUUGAAGGAUACUAUAAAUGAAGACCAUCAUAGCCCGGUCCGCACACUGGAAGAGAGACGCACCUAUCUUGGGUGUUAUUAUCUAAUUACCAUGCUCUCGACAUGUGUGAAAGACAUGGGGCCAAUUAUUCGCUUUACAAGAUACACAGACGAAUGCUGCAAUGUUCUAGACCAAGUCGCUGAAUAUCCCACAGAUGCCUCUAUGGUACAGCUAGUCCGAGCGAUGAACGUCGCAGAUAGGAUUCAUCACACACUAUAUUAUACCGAGCUCUAUUCUUCGUCGGUUUCAUCAGCCCCUCCGCCUCUAGGGCUAAGCAUACGAUGGCUUGAGGCUGAGAUUAAGCAACUCAAAGCACACAUGCCGAGUGACUCACCACACUCUGCCAUUCUACAGCUUCAUCACAACACACUCGACAUACAUCUUUAUCGAGUUGCCCUCAGCACUGACUUCUCCAAAUCCAACUACGGUGAUCACCCUCUCAUGCAAUUGGAUCUCCUUUUCCGCUGCCUGGAAGCGACAACCUCCUUUUUCCAAACCAUUCUCUCUCUUCCCCCCAACCUGUUCCCUUUCUUCCCUUUCACCAUCACGUGUCAAUUCGGAAAGGCAAUCGUCGUUCUCUCCCAGCUUUCACUUUAUGACCAUCCCGGAUGGGACCGAGCAUACGUGGAAAGCAUAAUAGACUUCGACCAGACCGUCGAUAGUAUGGCUUCCAAGCUGGAAGUAGAACUUCCGCAUUACGAGCAGGCUCUUGCACAAGACCCAAAGUCUACUGAAUUGCCGGAGAUAUUUGGAAGGAUAAAAAAUCGCGCGCAAAUGAUUAAAAAGGCGCAUCGGCGGAGAAAAGAUGCACUCGAACAAAGAUCUCUGUCUACCACUGUCGCCCCGUUGGACUACGAGUUCAUGAUGGAUUCGCCCUUCCAUCUACUGUUUCCUUUUGGUGAAAUUCCACCGAUGUAUGGGCAAUACAUGUAG